AUGAUAAAUGAAAUCGCAGAAGCGAUUAUUGACCCAGUAUACUUUUCUCCCUUUAUUCCUCUUACUGUCACCUGUUUCCACAAACUAACAUGUGUCAUCAGUUCAUCCCUGUUAUUUGCCACAGGCCCAGACCGUGGCAUUCUAUACCAAUCUGCUGUCAACAAGGCAGAUUUCAUUUCUGCAUUUGCAACCCACUCCAAUCUCAGCGUGCUGGCUCUGACUGAGACCUGGAUCCAUGCUAAGAACAUUGCCACACCCGCUGCCCUGGCCUCCGACUUCAACUUCUCCCAUACCUCACGCCCCAACAGACGAGGGGGUGGUACAGGUUUGCUUCUCUCCAAAACAUGGAAAUUUACCUGCCUUUCUCCCUCUUGCUCAUACACGUCCUUUGAAUUUCAUGCUGUUACAGUCACUGACCCUGCCAAAAUGCACUUUCUUGUUGUUUACCGUCCUCCAGGUCAACUGGGGAAGUUCAUCGAUGAAUUUGACACGCUACUGUCCACCAUCCCAGAUGAUGGAACUCCUCUUCUGGUCCUUGGUGACAUCAACAUUCAUCUAGACAAGCCACAUGCAGCUGACUUUCUUGCUCUCCUUCCCACAUUCGACCUCAAGCAGUUCACCACACCAGCAACCCACAAAGCCGAACAACCUCCUGGACACCAAGCAGUCUGGCUUCAAGAGCAACCACUCCACGGAGACUGCUCUGCUUUCCGUCACUGAAGCCUUACGACUAGCAAGAGCAACCUCUAGAUCAUCUGUCCUCAUCCUACUUGACCUCUCUGCUGCUUUCGACACUGUGAACCAUCAGAUCCUCCUUUCAACUCUCUCCAGCCUGGACAUCACUGGAACGGUUCUGCGCUGGGUGGAAUCCUAUCUCUCUGACAGAUCCUUCAAAGUGUCAUGGAGGGGAGGUAUUUCUGAAACUCAGCAACUCACAACUGGCGUUCCACAGGGGUCAGUUCUGGGUCCACUCCUCUUUUCUAUCUACACUACAUCUCUAUGGCAGGUGAUUGAGUCUCAUGGCUUCUCAUAUCAUUGCUAUGCUGAUGACACCCAGCUCCAUUUGUCCUUCCAGCCUGAUGAUCCAUCCGUCUCUGUAUGCAUCUCUGCUUGCCUUUUGGACAUCUCGGUCUGGAUGAAGGAAAAAAAAAUCUUAAACUUAACCUGGCAAAAUCUGAGCUUCUCGUCAUCCCAGCCUGUCCCUCAAUCAACCACAACCUCACUGUACAGCUCGGCUCACUCACACUCAUGCCAACCAGAACGGCCAGGAACCUUGGGGUGAUUCUUGAUGACGGCUUGACCUUUACAGACCAUAUCUCAGCAACUGCAAGGUCCUGUAGGUUCAUCCUUUACAACAUCAAGAAAAUCCGAACCUACAUCACCAAACAGGCUACACAGAUUCUAGUCCAGGCUCUUGUUAUCUCUAAACUGGACUACUGCAACUCACUGCUUUCAGGCCUCCCAGCCAGCUCCAUCAAACCCCUUGAGAUGAUUCAGAAUGCUGCAGCGCGCCUCGUCUUCAACCAGUCCAAGAGAACCCAUGUCACACCCUUCUUCAGCUAUCUCCACUGGCUUCCUGUAGCUGCCCACAUCAAGUUCAAGGCCUUGAUGCUCACCUACAAGACCUUGUCAGGAACAGCACCCUCCUACCUCAACUCUCUCCUGAAGGCAUACGUUCCCUCUUGCAAUCUGCGAUCGAUUAGCGACCGACGUUUAAUAGUUCCAACUCAGCGUGGCGCAAGGUCCCUUUCCAGAACCUUCACACUAACUGUUCCUCAGUGGUGGAAUGCACUUCCAAUCUCAAUCUGGACCGCAGAAUCUCUCACCAUCUUCAAAAAACAGCUAAAGACCCACCUCUUCUAUGAACACCUAACCAACUCAUAAUAGAAAAAAAUGCACUUACACCUUUACUCUGCACAUUGCUUCUUCUGGAAUUCAAUUAAUAGAUCUUGUAUGGUAGCACUUCUUGUAUUGUUCUCUGCUUGAUAUCGCUUUGCUUGUAUCUUUCUCAUUUGUAAGUCGCUUUGGAUAAAAGCGUCUGCUAAGUGAAUAAAUGUAAAUUUAAUUAAAUGAGUCCUGAAACAGCUGAUGAAUAGAGAGAGCUCCUCACUGAAGUGGAGAAACUGAAUCGCUCCUUUACACCAGUGACAUCAGCAUCUUACAGCCAUUUAAAGCAGCUUUAAUCAUUUUAUAGCAGUGUGUGAAGUACUUUUUGCUACUGCCAGCAGGUUAGGAGUCAGCUGUAGAGUUUUCAUUCAUUAGUUAUCGCUUCUUUAUUGUGAAUAUUGUAACUGAAUAAUGGCCAUGUUGGUCUGAUGUCAUGUACUGAACUCAGGGUUGAGGAGACCUUCCUGACUUUCUGAGUAGGAAUUCUGAGUUGAGGGGCCAUUUUUUUUUUGUUGCUUUAUGAGUUAAGAGCUUUAUUCAAACACAGCAUGAGGUCCUGAUUGUCAGCCAGUGAUCCUGGAAUAGACUCCUGAUUCACUGUGACUCUGACCAGGAUAAAGCUCUUGUAUAUAUCGCAGUAGAGCUAUUAAUCAUUAUUCAGCUUACGCAAUCUCACAUACACAAGCAAGACAGAGUAAGAACAAUCCAGAAGUGUAUUAACGUAUGUUUAAUGUAUUUUAUAUUGAGCUUAAAAUGUUGAUCUGUAUUAUCUUAAAAAUAAAGAAGUUUAUUAUCUGUUUAUUGUAACUGUGACACAGCAGUGAGCAUUUUAUCUGUGACACAGUGUUCAUGUUGAAAAUUAAAUUGCUGCUUUAUCCAUUUUGUAUUUUCUGCAAUGGAAUGUUUGUGUGUGCACACACUGGCCACUUAAUUAGGAACACCCAUAAGCCUGUUCAUAAAGUAAUAACAACUGUUUGUUCCAGAACAUUACAUCUAAUGAUAAAUGAUUUUUAAAAAUUAAUAAAAUACUAAGACUAAUAAAUAAAUAAAUAAACUCGAAUGUCGAAGUGCAGGGUUUUGACAGGAAUAAAACACUUGGGGAUGUGCUUUUAUAGGAAAAUAAUCAACUUUGCAGUGCCAUCAU